CUGGCUCCUGCCGCGUCCAACCUGUAGGCAGUCUGUCGCUGCUGCUGUUGCCGCCGGGCUCCGGGCUUUGGGUCUGGAAGGGCGAUGGCGCCGUGGCUCAGGAUCUGCUCCUUCCUCUUCUUCUUCUUCUCGCUCAUCGCCUUCUUCCACGGACCGCGGCUUUCCGUCUCCGCAGGAGGCACCGGCAGGAAAGGGACGGCGGGAGAGGCUUGUGCCUGGAGGGGAUUAUCGCCAAUUGGAAAGAAUGCUGGGCUGCUUAAUAUCACCUUUAAGUAUGACAACUGCACUCCUUAUUUGAAUUCUGCAGGGAAGCAUGUGAUUGGUGAUGUGCAGAACAUCACCAUUAGCCAGUAUGCAUGCUCUGAUCAAGUUGCAGUGACAAUACUAUGGACAACAAAUCCCAAUGGAAUUGAAUUUCUAAAAGGAUUUCGGGUGAUACUUGAAGAAUUAAAAUCAGAAGGAAGACAGUGUCAACAGUUGACUUUGAAAGAUCCAAAGCAGCUCAAUUCAAGUUAUAAAUGGACUGGCGUGGAAUCUCAGCCUUUUCUAAAUCUGAAAUUUGAAACUGACUACUUUGUAAAGAUUGUUCCGUUUCCAUCAAUUAAGAAUGAAAGUAACUAUCACCCUUUCUUCUUCAGAACUCGGCCCUGUGAAUUGCUACUACAGCCAGAAAAUAUAGCCUGUAAACCUUUUUGGAAGCCUAGAAACCUGAAUGUUACACAGCAAGGGUUUAAUAUGCACAUAUCAUUUGACCAUGCACCGCAUAAUUUUGGAUUCAGAUACUAUUAUCUGCACUACAAGCUGAAAAGUGAAGGAAACUUCAAGCAGAAGACUUGUAGACAGGAGAAAAAUGCAGAUAUCACAAGCUGUGUUCUUCAGAAUGUCUCACCAGGAGAUUAUAUAAUUGAGCUGGUUGAUGACACCAACACAACAAGGAAAACAAUGCAUUAUGCACUCAAACCAGUGCACUCCCCAUGGGCAGGACCAAUAAGAGCAAUUGCCAUUACUGUUCCUUUGGUUGUCAUCUCAGCAUUUGCAACACUUUUCACUGUGAUGUGUCGUAAAAAGCAACAAGAAAAUAUCUAUUCCCAUUUAGAUGAGGAAAGUUCAGAAUCAUCAAACUACUCUUCAGCUCUCCAUGUGGAAAGGCAGCGUCCCCGGCCAAAAGUGUUCAUCUGCUAUUCCAAUAAAGAUUGCCAGAAGCACAUUAAUGUCAUCCAGUGCUUUGCCUACUUCCUUCAGGACUUCUGCGGCUGUGAGGUUUCCUUAGAUUUAUGGGAAGACCUGAGGAUUUGUAAAGAAGGGCAAAAAGAAUGGCUUCAUCGAAAAAUCAAUGAGUCCCAGUAUGUUGUCAUUGUGUGUUCCAAGGGAAUGAAAUACUUUGUGGAGAAAAAGAGCUGGAAACACAAGGGAUCCAAGGAAAAGGAUGCUGGAAAAGGAGAACUUUUCAUGGUUGCUGUCGCUAUGAUAGCAGAGAAACUGCGCCAUGUAAAACACAGCCCACAUGAUCUCUGCAAGUUCAUUGCAGUCUACUUUGAUUAUUCCUGUGAGAAUGACAUUCCUGCUAUUCUGGAUUUAACUACAAAGUACAAGCUCAUGGAUAACCUGCCUCAACUUUACUCUCAUUUACAGUCCAGAGAUCUUAGUCUUCAUGAUUCAGAGUUGUAUCCUGUACACAUCAGCAAAAGGAAUUAUUUCAGAAGCAAAUCUGGACGCUCCCUUUAUGUCGCCAUUUGCAACAUGCACCAGUACAUUGACCAGGAGCCAGACUGGUUUGAGAAGCAAUUUGUUAACUUUUUCCCAGCUCCUCUACAGUACCAGGAACCUGUGAUGGAAAAAUUUGACUCUGGACUAGUGUUAAAUGAUUUAGUCAGUAAACAAGUGACUGAUGGGGAUUUCUGCCUAAAAGCUGAUGCAGCUAUUAUCCUGACUUUAAAUUCAGACUCAGAUUGUGUGGCUCAGCAUUUGAAUCUUGGAGAGGACAGAGAAUCUCAGGACGUUCAGAAUGGCAGCUCCAUUCUUCCACCAUUGCUGCAUGUUGUGAAAGCUGCCAAUCUGCCUGAUAUGCCCCGAGAUUCUGGAAUUUACGAUUCAUCUGUUCCUUCUUCUGAAUUAUCAUUACCUUUAAUGGAAGGGCUUUUAGCAGACCAAACCGAAACCUCUUCCAUUACAGAGAGUGUCUCCUCUUCAUCAGGACUGGGAGAAGAAGAACCUCCUUUGCUUGCUGUCACAAAAUCCCUAGUGCCUGGAAUAUGUAAAGCAGAGCUUCAUUGCCAUAUCCGCACUGAUGAACUGCAGGCAAUUGCACCUUUAUAACAUACUGCAAGAUCAUUACGCAUUGCCACUUUAUCAACAGCCUCUGUCUAUGCGUUAAUUUCUACAUCAGUCACAGCCACGUGGCUUACCUACACUGCUUCUCAGGGGAGUUUAUGGCCAGUAUAUUUCUAUCCAAAGUUGUUGGGUUUUUUUACAAAGAAUUUUUCUGUUUUUAUACUAUACUAUAAUACUAUACUAUAAUACACUUUCUUUUUGCAUUUUGUUCAUUAAUAAUUGACAUUCAUUUACCAUAACAAAUAAUUAAUUGUGCAGAUUUCAUUGGGAAUAUAACACAGACAAAUAGUUAAGAAUAUAAAUUUAAAUUCCAUUAAAAUGUUAGAAUUUAGAUAAAUAUUACAGGUUGAGCAUCCUUUAUCCAGAAUUUCAAAAUUGAAAAUACUCCAAAACUCAAAAUUAUAUACGAUGGCUGAGAUAGUGCAACCUUUGCUUUCUUAUUGUUUAUGCCCAAAAUUAUUAAAAUAUUGUGCAUAUCUUCAGAUUGUGUAUAAAUUGUAUUGAAACAUUAAUACAUGACGUGUUUAGACUUGGGUCCCAUCUCCCAAGAUAUCUCACGAUUUACAUAUAUAUGUAAAUAAAGAUGCUCCAAAACCCAAAACACCUCUGGUCACAAGCAUUUUGGAUAAUUGAUAUUCAAUCAGUAUUUUUUCCCCUGUGUUAUAUGAUGAUAGAUGUACGAAAUGGCUCAAUAGACAUGUUACUCCUGACUGAGCUGUCAGUUUUAACAAAUAAUUCCCAGUGAGGAAGCCAUUUUUUUAGUUAAAGCAUAAUCAGAGCUUCCAGAAUUCUCAUUCCAAUUAUGUUGGAGAGGUGAGCAUACAAGGAUAAAGUCAUUCAUGUAACACUAAGCUAAAUGUUAGCAUUAUAGCCACAUAGCUAAUGAAUAGCCGAAGCUUUUGGUUCUCUGAUAUUCAGUGCGAUAUAUAACAUUGCUUCUGGCUCUAAAUGCUAAUUGGACUUGAUAGUAUAAUAAUGAGUGUACAAUAGAUUUGGGGGUGGGAAUACAGGAUUCACAGUGUUGAAAUGCCAAAGACUAGGCCUAUGGAAGAAUAGGCUCUGUAGCAGUGAAGGCUCUAUUAAAAAGAAAUCUUCCUCUGUGUUUAAGUUCUGCCCAGUGCAUCUCGGCAGUAAGCUAGAUACAUCAGAUUUUAUGUCUUAUAUUAACUUGUGGACCUUUUUGUGUUAAUCACUAUUUUGACAUUUUAGUUUGAGAACUCCAUUGUGUUUACUAGAUCUCUUCAAAUUUUCAUUUUAAAAUCAAAUGUUCGUUGCCUAAGUAAAAUUGCAUAUUUAAAAUGUUAUUGUUUUAACCCAUAGAAGAAAAAUACUAUUUGCAGUUGAGCAGGAAAAGGUAUGAGUGCAAAAAGUGUAAAUAAUUAUUAUAAAGCUGAAGAAUUGUUGAUAUGAUCAAGGACAAUAGAAUGUCUCUAACAUCACAUGCAAACACAACAUUUCAUAAAAGCUUAGUAAAGUUAUGCUCAGCACAAGCUCCACGUUACAUUGGUGUUAUGGAUUUGCUGCAUAUAUUGUUUGCUUGUAUGCCGUAUACCAGACUUGGGCAAACUUGGGCCCUCUGGGUGUUUUGGACUUCAACUCCCACAAUUCCUAACAGCCGGUAGGCUGUUAGGAAUUGUGGGAGUUGAAGUCCAAAACACCUGGAGGGCCCAGGUUUGCCCUGGUCUGCUUUAUACUAUUUUCCAGUUUAUCACAUUAGACAUAAAACUGGGUGUAUAUGUUGAUUGAAUAUGCAAAGCAAGUUGAGCCUUUAUUCAAAAGUGUUGGGAGCAAACACUUGCAGAUAGUGAUAGUUGCUUUUCUCCAAACCAGUCUUCAGUUCAAAACUUCUGUUGCAAUUAAGUCCCAUUAAACAUAGAGAUAAGAGCAUAGGAUUGCUUUAGCAUGGUCUGAAUGGCAACAGGUACGCAAGGUUUGAUAUGCAACAUUGUCAAUUAUUCCAAAAAGGAAUUUAGACUUUAUUGAAUUGAUUAAACUGAGAGGGAAUUUUGCUGAAGAAUCUUUCUGGUAAACGAACACUUGACUCAUUCAGUUAAUCUUUGCACUGCUAUUGCCUGCCCUAUCUAUAUGUGUGUUGACCACUUGAAAAUGAAUCCUGUGUAUCCUGAUUACUUGAAAAUCUAGCCCUUGAUACUUUCCCAAUGUAAACACACAAUUCAGUUUUCUGUGAAUAAGAUGUUAGAGAAUUUUAAAACCUCAACUAUUGUGUAUUACAAAAAUGUAUAAUUAAAAAUGGAUGGAAGGUCCAGUUGGCAAUGACAGUCGCUAAAAUAUGAGACUCACCAAAGUAAGAACAUUUCCCAACGCCCUCUGCUUGGCCCAUAGCAUUCUUCCUCUCUCACCUUACCAUGGCUGAAAGGAAACAGUUCAGCAUAUCCCAUCCAUAUUUAGACGCAAAAGUAAGAUAUCAGUAGCUUUUGCAAUCUCCCAUUGUAUUUGCUUCUAUUAUGGUCAAUGUCUACUGCAUCAUUGCCUUCAUGAAAUUUAAUGUAGCUAAAACUCCUAGACAAGUCUAAUGCUGUAUUCUGCUAAAGUUCCUGUAUCACCUGACAUACAAGAAUAUGGUCUCAUGGGUUGUAUUCGUUUCAUCAAAUAGCAUAAAUCUUUCAGGUAAAACAACACACUUGCUGUAACAUUGUGUUGUUCUUGCUGUGACAGAUUAACACACUACACUGCUAGGUGCUGCAGAUAACAGGUUACAUGAAGGAGUGGCUGGUGGAUCGGUCACCAUAGAAUACAGUGAAUCAACAGUGGAAUUUGGCACUAUUCCUCUCAGUGCUAUUCCAAAUUAAACAGGGGCUGUGCUACUUUUAAAGAAGGAUAAAGUAUUACAAUUGGGAGUGAAUUUGUCACCUGCUUCUGGCAAAUUUAUUGGCCUACCUGUAGUUAUAGCUAACAUUCUGGAGCAAAGGAUGGCUGACACUGGUACUUCUGAAAGCAUUAGAGCUGGCUGUUGUCCAGAUGGUUUUUCUUGCUUGCACUAAAAUGCAGUCAGAGAGUCAAAUUAAAAAUCUUUAUUUUUACAAAGCCAGAGAUUAAUUUUGGGUGAUGCACUUGAGGAAUAAACAGUCAAUUAAAGACAACAUUCUGUAUUACCUGGGUUAGAAAAACAUACUUUAGGUGUUAAGAAAUCAACUUAAUCUGGUUAUAGAUGCUAAUGUAAGUAGCUAAAUGCACAAUACUUGAUAAUAUUGCACAUAAAAACAUUGUAGUUCUGGUCCGUAAUAGAAAAAGCCCCAGAUCUACAGCUACACAGUACAUGUAUUAAGAUCAACCAAAAUAUCCAAACACAUCAUACAAGCUUUCAAAUUUCCCAGAAUGUUAUGAUUGGUUUGAAUGAAGGUAUUGUUUAUUGUGGAUUUUGGAGGAUUUUUUUCCCUUAUGGAAUAGUACAGCUAUUUUUGCCUUCUAUUUUUUUCUGAGCUGUUAUUCCUCUAGCAGAGGCCAUUAAAGACUACAUUUAGCUAUUAGUUCAGAGUGGAAAUGAGCCUUUUAACUAGGUGAUAGCAUAGCAGCUUCUUCAAUGGUGCCAGAUUAUAAGUGGCUUUUUGUCCUCUGCCAAGAGGAGAGAACAAAAGGAAAAUAGCCAGCUUGUUUACAUUGUCUUUUGAUUGAAUCCAGCAUGUGUCAUACAUUUAAUUGAACUCAGAAGAAUCCAUGGGAUAUAUGAGUCAACCAAGCAUUUAUAAGGAACACUGAUUCUUUUUAGUGGCAUGCUGAGAUUCAGUUUUUAAAAGAAGCUAUUUUGCAACCUCACCCCUCUGUAAAAUCACCUAACGUGUGUAAGAAUUACAGGGAAGCUGGAACAUGUACUUUAUUUGUGCACUGGAAAAUAAAUGAUUACCUUUGUGCCUAUUUGAGUUACAGUUGAAAUGUAGGCAGCUGCCCAAUAAUAAUUGUAAGUUAUCCUUAAAAAAAAGCUUGUGGCUGUCAAAUUGUCUGGAUAUUAAUUGUGCCAUUUGUCUCCCUUCUGUGGAUUUUGGCACUGGCCACAACUCUGUGCAGAGUUCUGCAUAUUUUACCUUGUUUUGUGGCUACUGGACCUGUUACUGCAGAUAUAAGGGGUUUAUGGUCAAAGCAAGAGCCAAUACUGUACAAUACUAUAGUAAAAAGUUGUUUGUAUACAUGGUUUGGGUGCCUUAUUCAGUAUUUCCAUGUGCACUGGCUUCCCCAUAGGAAGAUAUGUCUGUCUUUGGUGGGGUAGCCUUCCUCAUUGGUGGUGUUAAUGUUUCAUCACUGAAAAUGAAUGGUACUCUCUUUUUGUAGCACAGAAGAAGACAUGAGGGCCCCAAUGUUAUUUUUCAACAGUGGUGGUGAAAAGAUUCUGCAAAACAUUUGUCUUGUUUUUAUGAGGAGUUUCCCACCUCUCACUUUAAUUUCUCUUUUUCAGUUUUACUAUUGGGACUGAUAAAUUGAGGCACAACUUUGAGAAAGAAUAAAAUCACGUAGUCCAAGUAACAUUGGAUAUAAAAGGUGCUUUUGACUUGCACAUGUUAAAUGUGCUCUUUAACUCUCUAGCUGAAAUAAAUGGGAGCUUAGAGCUUAAAUGGCUUAACCUUUGUCAGAAUUGUGCUGCCAUGUAUGAUUUGCUUGGGAUCGCAGGUUACAGCUUCUCCCUUUCAUGGAAGGAACUGAGUUCCAGCAGAAACUUUGGGGAUUUUUCAGAGACUCUUACGGGGGCAGGAAGGAAUCAGCAAAUCCUUCUUUCUCCUUUUAAAGUCAGCAAUAAAGUUUCCUGAAUGCCAAAAAUGUUAAUAUACAUUUUAGAGGUUAGAUUGUUUUGAUUUUAGCAUUGUUAUAAAACCUGAACUGUUUUUUUAAAAAAUGGUACCAUAAUCCCUUGUGUAUUUUUAGAUUACACAAAUGAGGAGGUAAAACAUUUUCAAUGUUUAUAAUUCUUGUUUUAAAAACUAAAGAUGUAUCUACAUGGGUCAACACUUAAGUAAAUGUAGCAGUUUUCAUGUUUGUAUACAUGGAUAUAAGCUCUCUACAAGAGCCAAUAUUUUGAUGGAUUUAGUUUUUAUGUUUCAAUAAUUUUAGAAAUUAACACCAGAAUAAAAAAGUUAUGAAACUUCA